AAACUUCUCUGCCAAUGCCUGCACGAUACACUUCUUGUCUUCCUGUAGUCGUAGGCCUGUCUAGGGUUUGCUUUUCCUCUUCGCGAUCUCCUCGUCGUUGUUCGACUGUGGCUGCUUCGCGUUAGGCCGAGUUUUAAAAGAGUCGCUGAUUCCUGAAAUAAAGGACGCUUCUGCGCCUCAUUAGACGACGUUCUUCCUGUCGGAUCGGAAGUCACGACGGGAAGGAUUUAGGGAGAAAAGGUGGAAAACGACGUUAACUCGGGAUUUAGCCUUGAGAUUUGAGGAGGUAUUUUUUUACGUUCGGCAAGAUUUAACUCGAAUCCAGCUUAAAUUCUGUAUCCUAAAGGGUUUCUGCAUCAUUUUGCGCGAAACCAAUUUCUGUUCCUCAUCUACAAUGGAUUCCUUGUUAGCGAACUAUGCUUCCUCUGACGACGAUGGAGAAGCUGAAGAAGUUUCUCGUGCUAUUCCUCAUCCCAAGAUUUCCUCUUUCUCUAACUCUCUCCCUCCCCCCAAAUCCUCUUCGUUCUUCUCCUCCCUUCCUCCUCCCCGAAUCUCUAACUCAUCUUCUCCUUCUUCCUCUUCCUCUCUGUUCGCUUCUCUUCCCCCACCCAAAUCGCAGUUGCCUAACCACUCUUUGAAUGAUUAUAAAAGAGAGGUUGAUGGAGGGAAGCCCCCGAAUCAACCGCAGUCUUCCUCUAUCUUCUCCUCUCUUCCGCCACCCAAAACCUCCACUUCUUCCACUUUCUCUUCCCUCCCCGCUCCCAAAUCUCUAUCCGGAAAUCCCUCUAACAAACCAUCUUCGGACUUUAAAAGAGUCGUUCACUUUACACUGCCAUUGAAUCCUUCCAUGCUAAAAUCCCUCGAUCCUGAUGACGAUGAUGAGGAGGAAAAGGGAAGAAAGGUCAGAAAGGAUACUUCGUCUUCAUCCACCCCGAAGGCACUCUCUUCCAUGCUUCCUGCACCUAAAAACUCACUAUGUAUAGCUCCGGCUCAAUCCUUCGGUGCGUCGAGGAAAUCUAGCUUGCAAACGGAUGAUCCUGCGUCGAGGAGAUCUAGCUUGCAAACGGAUGAUCCUUCUGCAAAUUGUCCACAAGGAUCGAAAACAGAGCAUGAGGUAGGCAGUUUUGCUAGCUAUUCUGAGUAUGGUGCAGAGCAAGGCAUGGCUGUUGGUUAUGAGGCUUGUGCGAGUUUUAGUGCAGAACAGGGGGUUAGUGAUUAUGAGAAUUUCAAGAAUGAUGAUGGAAAUUGGUCCAGCGGAGUAGUAAAUCCUGCGGCCGUUAGUUCGGCGGAUGCUACUUAUGCAAGUAUUCCUGCAACAGUUGGGUGGGAGCAGGAUAAUGGGGACAGUUCUGGUCACAGAAGUUACAUGGAUAGCUGGUCCAAUGCUUCUAGUGGAGCAACAACAUCGGAGAUUCCCGAUAUUGGGAGAAUCGCAGGUAAGAGAGGAAGAACAGCUAUUCCUACAGAGAUUGUGGAGGUGAAGCAGGAUGAGUUGAUGAAGAACAGACCGAGAGAGGAUCAGAUUAAAUCCACAGGAAUAGCUUUUGGGCCGGCCUAUCAGGCUGCUGCUCCUUCUGGCAAGGGAAAACCUUCAAAACUGCACAAAAGGAAGCAUCAGAUUGGUUCAUUGUACUAUGACUUGAAGCAGAAAGAGAUGGAGCUGGCAGAGCGGCGUUCAAAGGGUCUUUUAACAAAGGCCGAGACGCAAGCCAAGUAUGGUUGGUGACGAAGGUUUUUUUUGAAUGAGUGUUGUAUAUGAUAUUCUUAAUUGUGCUAAUUUUAGUUGUAAUUUAAGGGCUUUGAAAUUCAUCUUGAUGCCUUUUACAUCAGGAUAUCUCAUUUAUUUAUGAGUGCACGGAAUUAAAUAAGCACUAUGUUUUUUUUUUU